AUGUGUCAACCGCACCUCAAUCCCCAGGCGGCAAAGCACAUGCAGAUAGGGACAUCAGUCAAGAAAUACGGCAAAAUCAGUAAGCCCAACGCAAAUCCACAUAACACGCAUCUCCAUCUUUCGCAUGAGACAUCAAAGGGGAACGAAAUCGGCAGCUAUGUUCAACAUAUAACAGGAAUCCCGCAGAUGGUUCGGAACGCAGAAGUAGAGCCUCGCACAUAG